GGGACGCACGCGGGGCUCUCGGUGGGGCUCCGGGACUCGGAGGCCGCCCGGACUCGCGUCCUGCAGACGCGGGAGGAAGCGCAGGCGGCGGCCCGGCAAAGAGAAGCGUGUGUUCGCACAGAUUGGAACAGGCACGGGCGAGGGCAGCCCCGAGAGCCGUCCCAGAGGCCUCCGCGCUUCCGGGGUCUUAACGGGCCGCACCGCCUUCCGCCGCACGUGGCUUCAGCGCGAUGCCCAAAUCCAAGCGCGACAAAAAAGUUUCCUUAACCAAAACUGCCAAGAAAGGCUUGGAACUAAAACAGAACUUGAUAGAAGAGCUUCGGAAAUGUGUGGACACAUACAAGUACCUUUUCAUCUUCUCUGUGGCCAACAUGAGGAACAGCAAGCUGAAGGACAUCCGGAACGCCUGGAAGCACAGCCGGAUGUUCUUUGGCAAAAACAAAGUGAUGAUGGUAGCCUUGGGUCGAAGCCCAUCUGAUGAGUAUAAAGACAACCUGCACCAGGUCAGCAAGAAGCUGAGGGGUGAAGUUGGUCUCCUUUUCACCAACCGCACUAAGGAAGAGGUGAAUGAGUGGUUCACCAAAUAUACAGAAAUGGACUUCGCCCGAGCUGGUAACAAAGCAACUUUGACAGUGAGCCUGGAUCCAGGGCCCCUGGAGCAGUUUCCCCACUCCAUGGAGCCACAGCUGAGGCAGCUGGGCCUGCCCACUGCCCUCAAGAGAGGUGUGGUGACCCUGUUGUCUGACUACGAGGUGUGCAAGGAGGGCGACGUGCUGACCCCAGAGCAGGCCCGUGUCCUGAAGCUUUUUGGGUAUGAGAUGGCUGAGUUCAAGGUGACCAUCAAAUACAUGUGGGAUGCACAGUCGGGAAGGUUCCAACAGAUGGGAGAUGACUUGCCAGAGAGCGCGCCUGAGUCGGCGGAAGAAUCAGAGGAUGACGACGACGACUGACAGCCUUCCUGCACCUUCUGCAUUUCAACUGGACCUCGCAGGACAGCAGCCACUCCACCGCACAGAGCAGCUGUUUAUCUUGUCGGUGGAGACAAGGGAGGGCGAAAGGCACUGACUGUUUCUAUGAAGAAUAAAGCUUUGUCUGCAGGGUGUCUCCCUGUAGACAGCAAAGGGGACUUUUCUUAGAAAAA